AUGCUUGCCAUGGUGGUGCGCAUGGCGAGGCAAUCGAUGGGCAAGGUGGCGGGGGAGCCCUUCGACUGCAUGGAAGGCUUCUACAGCAGCGAGGGUAAAAGCUGGAGCACGGACCAGCGGCAGUUCUGCUGCGCCAGCUACGGCCGCGGGUGCGACACGACCCCGGAGCCGCUGUUCCGCUGCCACGAUGGCGGCGAUCGCACUGGCACGUGGAGCGAAGCCCAAAGGGCCUGGUGCUGCGUGCACUCCGCCAUGGGGUGCCCGACCAUCAGCAGCUUGCCUUUCGACUGCAACGUGAUGCUUGACGAGUUCGAGGUGAGCUGGCCGGUGGAGAAGAAGAGCUGGUGCUGCACGUUUCAGCAGCUCGGCUGCCCCAGGACCACCAUGGCCGCCCUCGCCCGCAUCGG